AUGGCGGAUCGCAGUGUGACAUUUUUAACGGGCAACUGCACCUUCAACCCGAAAUACUUCAAGAACUUCACUCUAACCAUUGUCGACAACAUGAUGAACAUGGAUAUGCACCUAAACAGGCCCAUUCAGAGGGGCUUCAAGGCUAAUAUCGACAUUCAGCUGCGUUUGGCUAACGCCAAGAACUUCCAGUCAGUGUUCAACCAGAAGAACGACGUGUGCGCCGUGACUGCGAGUGUAAAGAACAGCCUGUUUAAGACCUGGUUCAAGGAUAUGACCAGGCAGAGCAACUUCAUGUACAACUGCCCGGUGGAGGUGGGUCACUAUUACCUGCACAACUGGCGCAUGGGGAGCUCCUUGACGCACAAGUUUCUCAUACCAGGCGAAUAUCGCGGCCAGCUGAGCUUCUUUUAUGGAAAAUAUAAAACCAAAUCCUACGAGGAGGCACUGACUCUAUCAAUUGAUUCGAUCCUAUCCAACUAG